AUGUCGGCAGCACCCUUACAGGUGGUGAACGAGCGACAGCUGAAUACGCGAUCCCAUGGGGUUCAUACGCCCGUGAAACACACGGCGGGCAAAGAAAAUGCGCAUAGCGCAGGUCACAAGCGUGUCGACCAAAAUAUGGAUCAACAUCGGCAGCCGGCUCCUAAACGGAAAAAGGAGAAAUUGUCUUCGUUGUGCAAAACACCGCCCUCAUUGAUCAAGACGCACGGCAGAGAUUACCAUCGCGGUCAUUUUCUCGGUGAGGGUGGGUUUGCACGGUGUUUUCAAAUGAAAGACGACAGCGGUAAAGUUUUCGCCGCUAAAACGGUCGCUAAGAUUUCGAUUAAGUCCGAAAAGACCCGUAAGAAAUUGUUGUCCGAGAUUCAAAUCCACAAAAGUAUGCGGCAUCCCAAUAUCGUACAAUUCAUCGACUGCUUCGAAGACGACACAAACGUUUACAUUUUACUUGAGAUUUGUCCUAAUGGAUCCCUCAUGGACCUUUUGAAACGACGUAAGGGGCUCAAAGAACCCGAGGUCCGGUUCUUCGCGACCCAGAUCAUUGGUGCCAUCAAAUACAUGCAUAGCAGGCGCGUAAUACAUCGCGAUUUAAAACUGGGUAACAUCUUUUUCGAUAAAAACUACAAUUUGAAAAUUGGAGAUUUCGGCCUGGCUGCGGUACUGGCAUCCGAUCGAGACCGCAAAUAUACCGUGUGCGGUACUCCUAAUUAUAUUGCUCCCGAAGUAUUGACCGGUAAACAUACGGGUCAUUCUUACGAAGUCGAUAUUUGGUCAAUAGGCGUAAUGCUAUAUGCGUUACUGGUGGGGAAACCGCCCUUUCAAGCCAAAGAAGUCAAUAUCAUAUAUGAGCGUAUCAAGACCGGUGAUUACAUUUUCCCUCGUGAUAAACCCAUCUCUCAAGAGGCUACCACACUGAUACGUGACAUCCUUUCCGUGGAUCCCCUUGAGAGACCCUCGCUGGAUGAAAUUAUCGAUUACGUGUGGUUUAGAGGCCAAUUUCCUGCCAAAAUCGACGAAUCGGUCAUGACGACCGUGCCAGAAUAUGACGAUUUGGACAUGGCGCGAUCAUCGGCCAAUUUCAAAAGAUGCAUGGUUCUAUGCGGUCUCACAAGUGCCUCUUCAUCGGCAAAAGACCCAGUACAAAUAGUGAAAAACGAUUUGGAAAAGGAAAGAACUUCUGCUAUUUUACCGCAGUCUUUGUCUCCCGGUGGCACUAAGAAUAAGUACAAAGAAGUGGUCGACCUUGAUGCUCAGAAAAAGCUUAACGAUCUGGCGCGUGAAGCACGCGUAAGGAGAGCCCAGCAGGCCACUUUCAAAAAAGAACUUGUGGCCACGUCUACUAAUAUAAUAAAGUCCGACAUUUCACUUCGAAUCUUAGCCAGUGAAUGCCAUUUGACUUUAAAUGGUAUUUUGGAGGCAGAGGCUCAAAAAAGAAUGGGCGGUUUACCCAAAUCGCGUUUGCCCGAAAUCAAAAACCCCAUUGUAGUGACCAAAUGGGUAGAUUAUUCCAAUAAACACGGAUUUUCAUACCAACUUUCCACGGACGACAUAGGCGUUUUAUUCAACAAUGGAACCACGGUCCUGAGGUUGGCUGAUGCAGACGAGUUUUGGUAUAUUUGCUACGACGAUAGAGAAGGUUGGGUUGCAAGUCAUUACACACUAUCAGAAAAGCCGCAUGAAUUGUCUCGGCAUUUAGAAGUGGUGGACUUCUUCUUUAAAUACAUGAAAGCGAAUUUGAGCAGGAUCUCGACGUUUGUUCGCGAAGAGUAUCACAAGGACGAUGUUUUUUUGAGGAGAUACACAAGAUACAAGCAAUAUGUGAUGUUUGAGUUAAGUGACGGCACUUUCCAAUUUAAUUUUAAAGAUCAUCACAAAUUCGCCAUUUCUGAAGGAGGUACGCUUGUCACCUAUAUAUCUCCAGAUCGUGAGAGCCGCACAUACCCGACUGUCGAGUUAUUGAAAUGCGGCGAAGUACCUGGACGUGCCGACAUUAAUUUCAUGGAAAAACUCAUGAUGAUCAAAGAAGGUUUGAAACAGAAAGCGGCCAUUGUCAGUUCCGCACAAUCCCAACUAUGA